AUGGCAAAGCCAUUUUCGCUUCUUUCUCUCGUGGGCAUGAUCUCUUCAGUCAGCUGGAUGACAGCUAUGGAGCUCAGGUUUGUACCUGACCCCCCAGCAUUGAGCAUCCCAGAUAAAACAUACAAAAUAAAUGCGUCAGACACACUGGAGAUCACUUGUAGGGGCCGCCAGAUCCUGGAGUGGUACACACCUCACAACCUCAUCGGCUCUGAAAACAGGCUUGCUGUGACCGACUGCAGUGGGGACGGACUGUUCUGUAGCACCAUCACACUGACCGCGGCCAUGGCCAAUGAGACAGGAGAGUAUCGUUGUUCCUACAAAAACCUGGCCGUGGAGGAUGGGAAGACUGCCAAGACAGUGUAUGUCUUUGUGCAAGACUAUCGUAUGCCGUUUGUCCGCUCGGUUCAGGAUUAUGACGUAGUCUUCAUUCGAGAAGAUGAGCAGGUGGUCAUCCCCUGCCUCGGCACCCUGGAGGACCUCAAUGUCACUCUGUUCACGAAGUAUCCAAUGAAAGAACUGGCCACUGACGGAAAGGACACGUUCUGGGACAGCAAAAGAGGUUUCAUCCUCCCUAGUCAUGUGAUCAGCUACGCAGGUGUGGUCUUCUGCCAAACGCGCCUCCACAACGAAACCUUCCAGUCCUCGCUCUACAUUGUGGCUGUUGUGGGAUAUAAGAUCUAUGACCUCACUGUGAGUCCUACUCAUGAGAAGCUGACCGUGGGGGAGAGGCUGGUGUUCAACUGCACUGCUCGCACUGAACUCAACGUGGCCAUCAACUUCCAGUGGUCCUUACCUCAGGACAGGAGAAACACCAACCGUUCUACACGAACGCAUUACGAGACUAAGUCCAACAAGAAGAAGCUGUGGAACACUCUGGAACUGUCCAACUCACUGAUUAUAGAGAAUGUAACAGUUAGUGACAUGGGGGAAUAUGUAUGCACGGCAUCCAGUGGUCAGAUGGUCAAAACUGCCCAAGCAUCUCUUAUAGUGUAUGAAAAGCCUUUCAUAGCUCUGAAUGAGCAAUGGGUUCACGUUGUGGAUGCAAACACAGGCCAACGAGAGGCAAAGAUCCCAGUGAAAUACGAUGCUUAUCCAGAGCCUAAUGUGAAGUGGUUGAAAAAUGGCCUGUCCAUUUCCAGUGAAGAGUACAGAAUGAAGCCGGCCAAAGACUCUCUCACUAUAUUUGACGUCACAGAAAAGGAUGCUGGGAAUUACACUGUGGUCAUGACCAAUAAGAUCACUAAAGAAGCUCAAAGGCAGACAUUCCAGCUACUUGUCAAUGCUCAUCCUAAGAUAUUUGAGAAGGAGGUGCCGUUGGAUCGGAAUGUUCACAUGCUUGGUAGCAGCCCCACCCUCACAUGCACUGCUUCCGGGGGCUCCAGCCCUGUCACUAUCCAGUGGCAGUGGAUGCCCAGUGAAGACUGUCCGGCUCGAUUUCAGCCAAAGACGGAUCAGACUGCAGAAUGUGAGGGGAAAUGGAGGGAGAUUUCCAACAACACAGGGAAGAAUCGCAUAGGCAGACUUACCACCUUCAUCGACCCCUCGCUCAAGACGAUCAGCACAUUGAAGAUCCAAAAGGCUGUGGCUCAUGCCCUGUACAGAUGUGUUGCCUCCAAUAAAGUAGGAGUGGAGGACAGAGUCAUUGUCUUUCAAGUAACACGUUUUCUCAAUCUCAGCGUGUUCCCUUCCAACAACCCUAUAGAGCAGGAGGAUGUGCUGCUGCGUUGUGUAGUUGAUCGUAUGCUCUACUCCAAUUUGAACUGGUAUCGGGUGUUGAACGUGUCUAAUCCGUACAGCCUCCCUGCCACCGUGCCCUGUGGUACUCUUGUCCUGGCCCCUCUCACACAGCCUAAUGCUACCAUCAUGGGCCUAAAGGGCAACAAUGUCACUCUGGACCUGUCACUGCCCAGAGCAUCCCGAAAGGAUGAGGGCCUGUAUGCCUGCCGGGUGGAGAAUGCUGACAGCAGUGAGAGGACCUGCUUACUGCAUUACCUGAGGCUCCGAGCUCUGGAGGCACCCUGGAUUGUGAGCAACCUGACUGAUCAAAGGGUCAAUGUGAGCGAUUUUGCUACGCUGGUGUGUGAGGUCAGUGGAACUCCAAACCCCACCAUCACCUGGACUAAAGACAACCAAACGGUCAUUAAGGGAUCUGGUGUUAUUCUGAGUGAAUCAAACCGUGUCCUGACCAUCCAGAGAGUGAAGAAAGAGGACAGUGGGCUGUACACAUGCAUGGCCUGCAACAAACAAGGCUGUCACUUUGCCCAGGCCAAGCUCACAGUAGAUGGUGCGGAGGAGAAGAUGAACGUAGAGCUGAUUGUGCCGAUCGGUGCUGUGGUCAUCGCCAUGUUCUUCUGGCUCCUCAUUGUCUUUGUCAUACGCAACAGGAAACGGCCCACUGAUGGAGAAAUGAAGACAGGCUACCUGUCAAUCAUCCUAGACUCAGAGGAUAUGCCAAUGGAUGAGCACUGUGAGAGACUCACCUAUGAUGCCAGCAAGUGGGAGUUUCCUCGUGAGCGCCUCAAACUAGGGGAGCCCCUGGGCCGAGGGGCAUUUGGUCAGGUUGUGGAGGCGGCAGCGUUUGGUAUUGAGAAGGCUACCACCUACACUACAGUAGCAGUGAAGAUGCUUAAGGAGGGCGCUACUUCCAGUGAGUACCGUGCCUUGAUGUCGGAACUGAAGAUUCUUAUACAUAUUGGCCACCAUCUUAAUGUGGUCAACCUGCUAGGUGCCUGCACCAAACCCGGAGGUCCAUUGAUGGUGAUAGUGGAGUACUGCAAGUAUGGCAACCUAUCCAGCUAUCUGAAGAGUAAGCGUGGAGAAUACAGCCCCUUUAAGAGGUGCAGGCCGCGCCUGAUUCAGGGCAGGGCAGGAGGGACGGAGGAUGACCUGAACGAGGGGGAUCUGGGUUUGGGCACCACAACCCGGCUGAACAUCUGCACUGGCACGGCCGUCUGCUCUGGUCUGCGAGGGGAGGGUGUCUCCAACCCCCAUCUGGUGGAGCAUGAGUGUUCAGACUGUGAUCACCUGACCAUGGAGGAUCUCAUCAGAUAUAGCUUCCAGGUGGCCAAAGGCAUGGAGUUCCUCUCCUCGCGGAAGUGUAUUCACCGGGAUUUGGCAGCCAGGAACAUUCUGCUUUCUGAGAACAACAUUGUGAAGAUCUGUGACUUCGGCCUGGCCAGAGAUGUGUAUAAAGAUCCAGACUAUGUUCGCAAAGGAGAUGCUCGUCUGCCUCUGAAGUGGAUGGCUCCAGAGACCAUUUUUGACCGUGUAUACACGACUCAGAGUGAUGUGUGGUCCUUCGGGGUGCUGCUCUGGGAGAUAUUCUCCCUGGGUGCGUCUCCUUAUCCUGGAGUGAACAUUGAUGAAUCAUUCUGCAGGAGGCUGAAGGAGGGUACCAGAAUGAGACCGCCCGACUACGCUACCCCUGAGAUUUAUCAGACGAUGCUGGACUGCUGGCUGGAUCGACCCAAAGACAGACCCACUUUCACAGAGCUAGUGGAGCAUCUGGGCAAUCUGCUACAGGCCAGUGCUCAACAGGAUGGGAAGGACUAUAUCCCGCUGACGGUUGGGGAGGUGGAGGGAGGGUCUGGAAUUGCCCACCUUAGAGUGACAUCAUAUAACGUAGCACCCAGAGCAGACAGCAUAGGGAACCAGCUCAACUACGAUAAUGCUCCGCCACUGGGAUACGGUCAGCAGCUUGAACUGUGUGCUCAUCAGAUAUUUGAGGACAUUCCUCUGGAACGAAGUGCUAUAAUGGAUGGUCAGAUGGACUGUGGUAUUCGUUUGUCACGUGACGAGAUGAAGGCUUUAAACCAAGUGCAGAGAACAGCCACAUUCAGCCCCCUCCUGCGGUGUAAGAGUAAGGAAUCUCUAGCCUCCGAAUCGUCCAAUCAGACGAGUGGUUACCAGUCGGGCUACCACUCAGAUGACGCGGAGGCACCUGUGUAUGCCAACGAGGAAAUGAUCCUGAAGAGGGACAUUCUGAAGAAGCCCCCGCUCCCCAAAAGAGAUGACAAAUUUAGCGCUGAGGUCCGUUACAGCGCACCCCCUGUUUAACAGCAACCACCCAUAAUGCCCUUAUGACUUUAAAGAAGUGCCUCAAUUGUCGUAUUUUGAACAUGAGAGUUUAAACUUUUGACCUGGAAUAGCAGAUUCAACCUUUUAUGCUGAAAAAAGGAUGCACUGGAUUUACUAUUGUGUCAUUUCCACAUUAAUGCAAUGUAUUACAUCUACCAAAAGUGAGUAACUAAAAGACUGAUGUAAUAUAUUUCCUUCAUGUGGAUAUAAACAAUAAAACAAGCGUGGGUGUUAUCCUGAAUACAGUUCUGCUUAUGAUAGGUUGGCGCUUCGCCAUGAUUUUAAUAAUGUCAUUUUGUGGGUUAGAAUGGACCCAAAAAACUAGCACAGAUAGCACCAGGUGACUAAACACUUCCUGUGAAGUGCUGUCUCACCCUCUCAUACUUCCACUCUGAAGUGUUGUUGUUUCUCCUUGUCGUUUAUUUAACAUUAUUUAACCAGGUACAUGUAUCAAAAUCAGUAACUUUUCUUCUGUGUUAGACAUCUGCAACCACGCUGUAAUACAGUUCUACCAAACCCACUUUGUGCCUUAACAGGAGCCUGUAAAUCAUUUUCUGUUUAUAUGAGAAAGUCAGUGAGUAAGUGGCCUGUGCUCAUUAAUCAAGCAAAAUAUCACAUUUAUUCCUGGCCUGUUCCCUCUUUUUUUGGAAAUAAAUGUAAUAUAUUGUCUUGGUGCAGAUAAGCUGUAUGUGUUAGUUUGCAUUCUUUUCAAAGUAAUUUUUCUUUGGAAAUGUAAUCGCUGUUUACACAGGCCACAGAGCAAGCAUAGCCUAUCAGUGAAACGACUCCCGCUUCCUAGGCAAGAGCCACACCCACUUUCUUCCAGAUGGGAAAUAGCGACUGGAAUGCGAGACAAUCGCGUGGCGGAAUGUUGAUUUGUUUCUGUAUUUAUCUUUUGUAUUGUGUUAAAUUGAAGUCGGGCAGGCCUCUUUCUGUCCUGAGCUCGCUUCUUUUGCCUUUUGUUUCUCUUGUCUUGAUAUUUUUCAUCUUCUUUUUGUCUUGUACAGUUUAUGAAGUGAGGACUUAAUAUAGUCCAUGUAAGAACAUCAGUUAUUUACUAAACUUGUCAUAAAUAUAACUAGUUUUAUAAAAUAAACAUUGAGUAAAAUUAAUCCUA